AUGACAUCUGUUCUUAUCACCAAAGUAGGAACAGUGAAUAACAGCAACUCCAUACUAAAAGAGCUCCGACUAUACAUUUACGACAACACAACUGAACAGAAAUUCCUGAUUGACUCUGGGUCAAUCGUAUCCGUACUACUUGUCAAAAAGUUCCGUAAAAAUCGAAAGAUUUCUCCUGGUCUUUCAUCAUCACAGUUGAAGUUGAUCACAGAAACAACAAUCAUCGGAGUUGAUCUCUUAACUCACUACAACCUGCUGAUUGAUUUAAAACAUCAACAACUGAUAGAUCCAGUGAUUCACCUCUUGUUAAAAGGAAAAGUAAUGGAACAACAGCAUUAUGACAUCUCAACUAUAAGUUCAGAUUUAUCUACUCAGUAUGCUGAACUCUUAAAACAAUUCAUUGAGAUCACUAGGCUGAUUAGCAAGUCAUGCUUAAAUUCAAAAGCACGCCCAUUUGCGUACAAAAUUACUACCCAUGCCCAUUUAUUAGUCACUGCACGAGCACGUAAACUAACCGGUGGAAAAGCAGCAGCGAUAAAAAUUCAAAUCAGAGAACUUCUGAACUCCGGAAUCAUUAGACCUUCCACCUGCAUGUACGCUAGUUCUAUUCAUAUGAUACAAAAGAAAGACAACAACUGGAGAAUGUGCGGUGACUACCGUAAACUCAAUGAUGCUACUUAUCCAUGA